AUGGAACGUGAGGGGGUCUGGGAAUUUGGCGACGCAGAGGAGGGCUUUGUUUCUGAGACGACAUCAUCAUCUGAGUUUCUUAGCAGUGUUGGAGCCUAUGUUUCUACACUUGGAGCUUUCUUCGCAGCUGUUCCCUUCUUCUAUGAUUGUGACAGUGGUCUAUGCCAAGUGUACGAUGUUAGAGAGGAGCUUAUUAUGGGAGAGCUUGGUGGAGCUGAGGCCAGAGGGCGACAGAUUGUGGCUAGUGGGAGGAGACUUCAAUGUUUUGUUAGGGGCAGGUACACAUGGACGAACAACAGGGUGUGGAAGAGGUUGGAUAGGGUUCUCUUGUCCCCCUCCUGGGGCAGUCUGGACUUCACAGUCAGACUGGAGCAUUUGAGCAGGGCAGCUUCAGAUCACUGUCCCCUACUUGUGGAGUUCCCAGGCUUCCAGAAGCCGAGGGCCUCCUUUAGAUUUCAGAGGAUGUGGGUGCGGCACAGGGAUUUUAUGCAGACGGUGAGGCUGAAUUGGUGUUUACCUAGUGUGGCACAGGGACUGCAGAGGCUACAGAUGAAGCUGAGGAGGCUGAAGGAGCAUCUGAAGUGGUGGAACAUGGAGGUGUUUGGUAACAUACAUGACAGGGUUUUGCAGGCUGAGGAGAGUAUGGCUGCAGCUGAGCAUGCAUAUGACAGGGACCCCACAGCGCAGAGCAGGACUCACAGGUCAGAGUGUCAGGCUCACCUAUUCAGAGUGCUGGACAUGGAGGAGGACUUUUGGAAGCAGAGAGCUGCUAUCAGGUGGAUGGGAGAGGGGGAGAGGAAUACUAAGUUCUUUCACUCCACAGUGCAGAAGAAGAGGGCAGUUAGCAGAAUUUUCAGAAUUUGGGAGGAGGGGCAGUGCCUGGACCAGCCUGAGAGGAUCAGAGAGUCAGGAGUCAGAUACUUUCAGGAGCUGCUGACAGGGGAGACAGUGGAUAGCACGGCUGUGGACACUGAUUUGAUACCUACUUUGGUCAGUACAGAGGAUAAUUUGAUGCUUGCGGCCCUGCCAUCAGCUGAGGAGGUGAAGCAGGUGGUCUGGAGCAUGUGUCAGGACAGUGCAGCGGGUCCAGAUGGGUUUUCAGUGGCCUUCUAUAGAGCUUGCUGGGAGAUUGUGGGGGAGGAUGUCCUUCAGGCUGUACUGGAUUUCUUUCGAGGGGCAGAGCUUCCACGGGGCAUGGCGUCUACGACUAUAGUGUUGAUUCCCAAGGUGGACAGUGCGCAGAGGUGGCGGGAUUUCAGACCCAUUAGCUUGUGUAAUGUGUCCUAUAAGAUCAUCUCUAAGCUGAUGGCUUCAGUGUUAGGGAAGGUUAUCUCCCCAGCUCAGAGUGGCUUUGUUCCAGGGAGACUGAUUUCAGACAAUAUCUUGAUGGCCCAGGAGCUAGAUCACAAGCUCAACUACCACAUCAGAGGAGGGAACCUUAUACUGAAGCUGGACAUGGCCAAGGGGUAUGACAGAGUGCAGUGGGGCGUCCUUUUCAGAGUCAUGGCAGCAUUUGGGUUCUCAGAGGCAGUGAUUGCAUUCAUCAGGAGGUGUGUGACUUCUUCUUGGUUUUCGGUCCUGGUGAACGGACAGCUGUCAGGCUUCUUUAGAUCACAGCGUGGCUUGAGGCAGGGUGACCCCAUCUCCCCUUUCCUCUUUAUUUUGGCGGCGGAGCUCCUCUCCAGAGGGAUAGAGGCCUUAUUUGCAGCGUACCCAGGGAUGGCUUAUGCGACAGGAUGUGAUAUGAGGGUGUCUCACCUGGCCUAUGCGGAUGAUGUGGUCAUUUUCCUGAAUGGGUCUCUGGACUGUGUGAGGAGGGGGAAGGAAUUCUUGGACAGGUACGAGGCCCAGUCAGGACAGGCGAUCAAUGCAGAGAAGAGCUCCUUCUUCCCUUCGAGAUGUAUAUCAGAUAGGAGGAGGCAGCAGAUAGCAGCGGUUACAGGCUUUGGUUUGGGGGAGAGGCCUAUGCUUUACUUAGGGGUUCCAAUCAUCUCAGGGAACAAGAGGACAGUCCACUUUGCGCCAUUGCUGGUGAUCCAGCCUCCUUUGGAGGUCCUGAGGAAGCUGGAGGGGGUGGUUGCAUCUUUUUUCUGGAGCUCAGUGGGGCAUGAUAGGAAGGUGCAUUGGGUAGCCUGGAGGGACAUCUGCAGGCCGAAGCAGGAGGGAGGGCUGGGGAUCAGACGGCUGUCAGAGGUGGGGGCGGCCUUAUCCAUGAAGUUGUGGUUCAGAUUCAGAGAGCAGUGCACACAGUGGGCCAGAUUCUUGAGGAGAUCUUAUUGUGGGACGGUGGACCCAGGUGUGGUGACUCUGAGGAGCAAUGCUUCCCCCAGUUGGCGCAGGAUGAUUCAGACCAGAGCUGUGGCAGAGAGACAGAUUGGGUGGAUUAUUGGGCAGGGUCACCUCAGCUUUUGGCAUGACAGGUGGAUGGAGAGGGGACCGUUGUCGGAGUGGUGUACAGUGCAGGGGCCUCCAGAUGUCAGAGUGGACCGGUUUUUAGCAGAUGGCAGCUGGAGUCAGGAGAUACUUCAGAGGGUGCUGCCCUCAUCAGUGGCGGAGGAGGUGACAGAGGUUCAGCUGAGGCCCGAGGAGGAGGAUGUUAUGCUGUGGCGACCCACCAGAGAUGGGAGAUUUACUACGAGGUCUGCUUGGGAGGCCUACAGGACUGCGCACCAGAGGGAGGAUGUAGCGAUAGUGACCUGGAGCAGACUCCUCCUCCCCACCAUUUCCGUGUUCAUUUGGAGGUUCUUUCGGAGACGACUGCCAGUGGACGUGAUUUUACAGCAGCGUGGUGUAUGCUUAGCGUCCAGAUGCCAGUGCUGUGAGGCAGUGGAGUCAUGGGAGCACCUGUUCUAUGGGAGCCCGGUGGCAGGAGAGGUCUGGGGGUACUUUGGACAUCUAUUUGGGGUUGGCAGCUGGAGGGUGAUGGAGAGAUGGAGGGUAGGCACAGCUUGGAGCAGCACUGGUUCGGUGAGGGAGAUCACCCCCAUUUUGAUUUGUUGGUUCCUGUGGACGGCCAGGAACGACUCCAAGCACAGGGGGCUGAGGCCAGAGGGACAGAAGAUUAUCAGGCAGAUCACACAGUACUUGAGGGUCGGGAUGGCAUCUGGUAUCAUCAAGCCCAGGCACUGGAGGGGAGCUAUCUCGGCAGCCCAGGCUAUGGGGAUUCAGGUGAGGAUACGAACAUUGCACACGGUCUCAGCAGUACACUGGAGGAGGCCUGAUGAUGGAUGGUUCAAGCUCAACACAGAUGGUUGUUCUAGAGGGAAUCCAAGUGAGUCUUCUUACGGUGCUAUUGUUCGAGAUCAGAGUGGACAGGUGGUGGUGGCCAGGCAGGGAGUCCUUGGAGAGGGCUCCAAUAUCAGAGCGGAGCUUAUGGCGAUCCUGAGAGGCUUGGAGUUGUGUGUGGAUAGGCAGCUCUCCCAUAUUUGGCUGGAGUCUGAUUCCCUGGUGGCACUGCAUAUCAUCAGGUCUUCUGGUAUUUCCUGGGAGUUUCAGGAGGAGAUCUUACGGAUCAGAAGGCUUGUACGACAGCAUGGGGUUAGAUGUACACACAUAUAUAGAGAGGGGAACGCGGCUGCAGACUUCCUCGCCAACCAGGCAUAUCAGGUGGAGGGGGAGAGGGUGAUGGAGGGGCAGGAGAUUGUUGGUUUGCUACUUGGUAUUUGCAGGAUGGACAGAUUGGGCUUGCCGUAUAUCAGGAGCUCUUGCAAGCCAGGAUAG